GGCUCGGCUGCCUGCCCGCGUGCCCAGUCCCCUGCGGCCCCCAGCCCCGUGCGCCGGACUCCCCAGCUCCGCUCGCUCGCGCCCCUCGGUCCGCCCGACACCAUGGACAAGUUUGGGUGGCGCGCAGCCUGGGGACUCUGCCUCCUGCAGCUGUGCCUGGCGCAGAUCGAAUUGAAUAUAACCUGCCGGUACGCGGGUGUGUUCCAUGUGGAGAAAAAUGGUCGCUACAGCAUCUCACGGACCGAGGCAGCUGACCUCUGCAAGGCUUUCGACUGCACCCUGCCCACCAUGGCCCAGAUGGAGGAAGCCCUGAAAGUGGGGUUUGAGACCUGCAGGUACGGGUUCAUAGAAGGGCUCGUGGUGAUCCCCCGGAUCCACCCCAACUCCAUCUGUGCCGCAAACAACACAGGGGUGUACAUUGUCACCUCCAACCACUCCCACUAUGACACGUACUGCUUCAAUGCUUCAGCACCACGCGAAGAAGAUUGUACCUCAGUUACAGACCUGCCCAACGCUUUUGAUGGAGAAGUUAGCAUAAGUAUUGUUAACCGGGACGGUACCCGCUACACCCAGCAAGGUGAAUACAGAACUAACCCUGAUGACAUCAACGCCACCAACACUACUGAGGAGGACAUGAACAGCGGAUUCGCCAGUGACAGAAGCACUGUGGGAAAUUACAUCUUCCACACUCACUUUCCAACUGCGUACCCGACCCCAGACCAAGACAGUCCCCACGUGUCCAGCUACCCAGACGAAUCCCACGCUACCAGUACGGAUUCAAAUAUCAUCUCAGCAGGCUGGGAGCCAACUGAAGAAAGUGAAGAUGAAAGAGACAAACACCCCAGUCAUUCUGGAGCAGGCAUUGAUGAUGAUGAAGAUUUUAUCUCCAGCACCAUUUCAACCACACCACGGGUUUUUGACCACCCAACACAGAACCAGGAUUGGAAUCAAUGGACCCCAGGCUUUUUAAAUCCAGAAGAAUCACUUCAGACAACCACAAGGAUGACUGAUGUGGACAGAAGUGGCACCAGUGAUUAUGGAGAAAACCGGACCCAGGAACCACAGUCUCCUCUCAUUCACCAUGAGCAUCGCAAUGAAGAGGAGGCUCAGCCUUCUACAAGCACAAUACAACCCCUGGCAACCCCUAGUAGUGUAAUGGAAGAAAUAGCUACCUCGAAAGAGCAGUGGUUUGCAAACCAAUGGCAUAGAGAACAUCUCCAGACACCCAAAGAAGACUCUUAUUCAGCAGCAGGGACAGCUGCCUCAGCCCAUGACAGCCAUCCAAAUCAAAGAAUGACAACGCCGAGUCAAGAGGACAGUUCCCGGACUUAUUUUUGGGACCCAAUCUCACAUCCAAUAGGACGAGGUCAUCAAACAGAAAGAAUGGAUAUGGACUCCAGCCAUAGUACAACACCUCAGCCUUCUGCAGAUCCAAACACAGGUUUGGUGGAAGACUUGGACAGGAAAGAAUCUCUUUCAAUGACAACUCAGCAGAGUCAUACUCAGAGCUUCUCUACAUCACACGGAGACUUGGAAGAAGAUAAAGACCAGCCAGUGACUUCUACACCAACAUCGAGCAGUAAAGAUGACAGGAAUGAUGGAAGAGGAGGUGGAAAUCUUCCUGAAGAUUCCGCUACUUCAGUGGAAGAUUAUACUCAUUUCCCAGACACAAAGGAGCACACAACCCCCACCUCGGUGACCCCUGCUAACACUGGGUCCCUUGGAGUUACUGAAGGUACUGUUGGAGAUUCCAGCUUUAAUGUUGAUGGUUCCUUGCCAGAAGAUCAAGACCCAUCUCACCACCCCAGCGGGAGGCACCAUACCACCAAAGGAUCUGAAUCAACUGGACACUCCAGUGGGAGUCAAGAAGGCAGGGCCAACACGACCUCUGGUCCUAUGAGGAAACCUCUAAUUCCAGAAUGGCUGAUCAUCUUGGCAUCCCUCCUGGCCCUGGCUUUGAUUCUCGCAGUUUGCAUCGCAGUCAAUAGUCGAAGAAGGUGUGGGCAGAAGAAAAAGCUGGUGAUCAACAAUGGGAAUGGAGCUGUGGAGGACAGGAAGCCAAGUGGACUCAACGGGGAGGCCAGCAAGUCUCAGGAGAUGGUGCAUUUGGUGAACAAGGAGCCGUCAGAGACCCCAGACCAGUUUAUGACUGCUGAUGAGACUCGGAACCUGCAGAACGUGGACAUGAAGAUUGGGGUGUAACACCUACACCAUGACCUGGGAUAGUAAUCACAAAUAACCAUUACAGGGAGCUGGGACACUCACAGAUGCAAUGUGCUACUGAUUAUUUCAUUGGGGCUCUUUUUUUUUUAGCAUAAAAUUUUCUACUUCUUUUUGUUUAUUGUGUUUUAUUUUUUGAAGUCCAAUUUAUAAAAGCAGCAUUGCUUUCUGAAAUGAGGGCCCAAUUAACAAUCAACAAGAAUUUGACCGUUUCAGUUCCCACCUAGAAGCCGCUCACUCCCUGGGGUGUGCUAUGGAUGGUUUCUAUCAAAAGCCAUAAAUACAUCUUUCUGAUCCCAACCUUCCCUCCACCCCACCUCCCAGGCAACAGCCACAUACAAAGGACACCCCAGAACUAAGAGGAAUUGGUUCCUGAAAAGAAAUCUGAAUGGAUCUAUAUUUCCCAUCCAGGGGCCCAAUCCCUGGGCAUUGCUUUCCAGUGGGGUAGGGAUCGGGGUGUACUGGCUACACAUCCCCUUCUCCGGGCCCCUGGAAAUUUUUCUGAUGCUUCUGAGAAUGCCCAAAAGGUCAAGCUAAUUUAUCUAUAGUAAGCUAUUUAUCUGUGUUUUUGAAUAUUAAACCCUGGAGGUCCUGUGAUUAGGAUGAUUUUUUUGUUUUGUUUUGUUACUUUGUCAGAGGCAUAAAGGGUUUAAGUCCAUUCAUAAUAAACAUCUGUACCUUUUUCACUUUAA